UUUAACAUGGUAAAUUCUUCCUUCUGUAAUUCUGUGUAAUUGCCAAUUAUUGGUCACCUUAGUUAGUUACUUAUUCAAGUCUGCAAACUCUUUUCACGCUCUCGAUAACAAUUAACAAUAUAAGUAAAAUAUUAAUUGUUAUUUAUUCAUUAGUUAGUAGUAUUACUUGACUUAUUACUUUAGGAGUUACAGCCAAUUUUCUCACGUUGACAAUAGUUAUACCGUAUUGGUUUAAUCUCAUAUUAAAAUGCCACCCAAUUCUAUUGUAAAAACAUCCCUUAUUGUUGGAGGAUUAACGUUUCUGGGUUUUAUGGCUGGAGGAAGACUUGGUUCUAUGUUUGGAGCAGUUAUUGGGACAGUAGUUUGUUCGAUGUUUAAUACAGAAGAACCAAUAAAUUAUCAGGUAUCUCCAGAUGAAUUUGUACCUUAUCACAGUCCAAACGUUAAAGUCAAUAAAUCUAAAAAUGAGCCAUGUGAACCAUCAAAAUGCUCAAUAUGUCUUGAACCAUUUAAGCCUUCAAUUGUAUUAUUACCAUGUUCACACAUGUGUUUUUGUAUUGAAUGUUUUGAAAAAGCAAAAAAAAAGAAAGUUUCUACUUGUCCAAUUUGUAGAAAAAUUAUUAAGAACGUUAUUUGUGUGUAUCCUUCAUAAGGAGUUUCAAAUCAAUUAAAAUUGUUAGGUUAUAAUUAAAAGCAAAACUGUUUAA